CAGCACAAAGGAAACAGAAUGUAUCUUAUUUCAACGUGGUCAGAGAUAGAUUGUUAAGGAAAUAUCCUGUCAAAAUCUGAUAAUUAAUGUGAGAGAUUUUUUUCAGUAGCACAUUAAAUGUUCUUCCAUCCUCUCAUUAGGAUUUAAUAUGCAGGUUAGAAUUUGUGAACUGAUAUUGCAUCAGUCAACAAAGGUCAUUAAUCAGUGCUAAUAUUAGAUUUCAAGCUAGUAAAGUAUAAAAAAGUAUUUCACUCGGAAAUAUGCACAAUAUAUGCUACUUGAUCACAGUUCAAGUAAUUGAAUGAUCUUUCUUGUAGAAGAGCCUGGUGAAAUACUGAGCCUGAUGAGUGUGAUCCUGAGCGGUGUGACUGUUGUUCUCACUAAAGUCAUCAUUGUCCUUGUUGUCAAAAUGAGGCAAAGAGAAUCUGGACUCUGAAGGAUUCAGCAUUGAUUUUCCAACCCAAAACAAGAAAGAAGUGGAAACUCAACCUCAUAUAUGCUGCAACUAGAAAGACGUAAAAUAGCUUCAGUCAUACGCUCGAUGAUGAACUUCUUCACCUUGAUAACAGUAUUGACUCUCUGCAGCCUCAGCUGGAUCUCUGUCUCAGGUUCUGAGUCUCAGACUGUGGAGGCUCAGCCUGGUCAAGAUGUCACACUGCUGUGCUCCAACAUUUCCAAAUAUGAAUCUAUGACAUUCUGGUUCAGACUGAUCAACAGAACCAAGAUGAGCUGCAUCUCUGUUAUGUUCAAUUCUAAAAGCAAUGCUUCAUUCUGUGAUGGAUAUCAGAGUGGAAAAUUUGAAAUGAGAUCCAACAUCACCACUCUCUUUCUCAAAAUCAAACAAGUGGAUUUGUCUGACUCUGGACUGUAUUUCUGUGGAUUUUACACAGACGGGCGUCCAAGUUUCACUGUAAUACAUUUAAACAUUAAAGAAGGCAGCGAUGAGCCACAUGAUGACCUGGACAACAAGUGUAAAAAAGAGUUUGAUGGAAUAGCAAAGCUGAUGAUUGUCGUCCUGGGCAGUCUGACUGUUGUCCUUGCCACUUGUCUGGUUGUCAAAUACAGGAAACUUCAGACAGCUGCCAAUGAGGAACAGAGACCACAACAGCGUGAGAAUCUGGACUCUGAUGACCUGAAGGAUGCAGCCCUGAGUUUGUAUUUAACAACAAUAAGAAACAGGAGGCCUGAGUCAGAGAGACAAGUGGAGACUCGUGUUAUUUAUGCUGCCAGCAGAUAGACUCAGAGUGGUUCAGAGGAGCUGAUGCUUUAUCAUAUUAAUCUGCUACUGUGUUCUUUUGUGGUUGGGUGGGAGGAGUUACCAUUUUCUUAUUGAGAAGAAAAUCAAAUAAUAUUUGACUUUUACUCUCAUGACUUGCUAAUUUUAUCUGACUUUGCUGACUGUCCAGAUCAACAAUAGAUAGAUGGAAGCCUGCAGCAGUGGAGGAGUGAGUGAGGUACACACACAGUGUGGUCUGAGCUCAACUGAGGUGGAAACCACGUGGAAAGCAGCCUUACUGAAGCACAGUUCAUUGUGGACAUUGCAGAGCUUCAGUCACACUCACCAUGAAGAACUUUACCUUGAUAACAGCUUUAAGUCUCUGCAGCUUCAGCUGGAUCUCUGUCUCAGGUUCUGAGUCUCAGACUGUGGAGGCUCAGGUUGGUGAAGAAGUCACACUGCUGAGUACCAACAUGUCCAAACGCAGCACUCCGACAUUCUGGGUCAAACUGGUCAACGGUACAAAGGCCAGCUGUAUCACUGUUAUGAUCAAUGACGAAGUUCAACACUGCGACGGAUUUCGAAAAGGAAAAUAUGAAAUGACAUCCAAAAUCUCCACUGUCUUUCUCAGGAUCAAACAUGUGGAUUUAUCUGACUCUGGACUGUAUCUCUAUGGAUGUUAUGAAAUUGGACGUCCGAAUUUCAAUGUGAUACAUUUACAUGUUAAAGGAGGCAGCGAUGAGCCACAUGAUGACAUGGACAACAAGUGUAAAAAAGAGUCUGAUGGAAUAGCAAAGCUGGUGAUUGUCGUCCUGGGCAGUCUGACUGUUGUCCUUGUAAUGGUCAUCAUAUGUCUGGUUGUUACAGUCAGGAAACUUCAGACAGCUGCCAAUGAGGAACAGAGACCACAACAGCGUGAGAAUCUGGACUCUGAUGACCUGAAGGAUGCAGCCCUGAGUUUGUAUUUAACAACAAUAAGAAACAGGAGGCCUGAGUCAGAGAGACAAGUGGAGACUCGUGUUAUUUAUGCUGCCAGCAGAUAGACUCAGAGUGGUUCAGAGGAGCUGAUGCUUUAUCAUAUUAAUCUGCUACUGUGUUCUUUUGUGGUUGGGUGGGCGGAGUUACCAUUUUCUUAUUGAGAGGAAAAUCAAACAGUCCAAUAAUAUUUGACUUCUUAUCAGUGCUUUUACUCUCAUGUCUUGCUCUAUCUCUUGCUCUCUGUGUUGCUAAUUGUAUCUGACUUUGGUGACUGUCCAGAUAGACAAUAGAUAAUAGAAGCCUGUGGUCUGUUCCAUCAAAGCUCUGUGCAAAUAAAGUCUGAAAUGAAGCAGUGAA